GGCUACCACAGAAGGCGAAUGCAAAUGGCGGUUGUUAUUGUUCGUGGAAUUUCUAUAAUUACGAAGUUUUUUUUACAAAAUAAACAAGAAAAACACAUUGCUACAGCAAUUGCAAUAAGCUGAAAAGCAACUACAUAUAUUCAAUUACAUCCGUGUGCGGUUACCAAGUGUCCAUUCGCUCGCGCUUCAUGUGAAAUUAUGCUACAAAUUUGCUACCAAACGCAGUCGUUGUAACAAGAAAAAAUUUCAGGCGCCUAUGAAAAGCAAUAUUAUUAGUUUCAAUGCAUGCCAUGAAAGACAGUGAAAUCACAAUAAAUUGAAUCAAUUUGCUGUGAAUGCUAUCAACUAUAUUGUUAACAUCGAGCUGUGCGAUUUGUACACGGAAAAAGUUAUUAAAGUGACGAAGGAAAAUCGGAAUCGGCAGCAGUAAAAGCAACACCAACGGAGCCCUGCCCGCGCCCCGCACGUUUUCAGUGUAUGAGUGUGUGUGUGUGAACGAAAGUGUGUGUGUGUUGAGGCUACUAUUAAAAAGUAGCAGGCAGUGGAAGAAAAUGCCCAAAAACAAAGUUGCAAAGGUUAAAUAAAGAAACUAAAAGAAUGAUUAGCUGGAGAUGAGAGAGAGGAUCCAAUCCAGUGAAACCUAACAACAAAUAGUGGCCCCCGCGAGAAGUAAGUGUGUGCAACGUGAGACGAGAGAGAGCGCGUGAGUUUUUGUGGAAACCAAAAAGGCAAGGCGACACAUGCAACGUUGUCGUCCCAAUUAUCACCGCCGGUUAUUGUGCGGCCAGGAGUCGUCCAGUGCACCAGAAAUCAAAAAUCUCUAGAUCAUCAGCAAAGACAAUAGAUUUGGUACCGCGUAUCGGUACCAGAGCAAAAAAAGGAGUGUUACCAAUUAAUAAUGCAAAAAUGCAAUUGUUUAAAUGCAAAGGACGACGCUACAUGAAUUAUCUGCAUUUGCUGCAAAUAAUAGAUUUCAGUUCGGGCGGGGAUAUGUGUUUUGUGUUCUACUCUUGCCGUUCGCGUUCUUCGACUUCGACACCCAUUCGAUACGACGACCGUUUGUGCUAAAUGCGAUAUUUGAGCAGCAUUCUACCAAUUAAAUCUACGACGCGUGCGAUUGUCGUGUGAUGAUAUGCCACUUAAACAGCAGCUCGAACCGUCAUCUGUGCGGAUAUCGGUGUCUAUCCCGUGGGAUGCAGCGCAGCGGCUACGUCAACUGGCAGCCGAGGGCAAUCCCGCUCUGCGUGCCAUCGGCAUUCUGUCCGUGCAACCUGAAGGCGAUUCUGUGAUAACUUUGAAAGUUGGUGGACAAGAUAUUAAAAUAACAAAAGAUAAUGUUAAUGAUGUGUUAGGAGGAGGUGGUACAAUUGAGGCGGCUGGCACGUCUUCCAACAAAAGUUUGGCGACGACGCAUUUGUCGGCCCCGAAUUUCGAUGGUCCCAGCACGAGCAAGGCGGCGUCAGCCUUCUUGCAACAGCAGCAGCGGAUCGUACAAUUACCGCAAAAUGUUUCAAACGAUGCAAUCUCAAAUCAACAACAGCGGCGCCAGGGGCUGCCACAGCAGAAGAUGCAACAGCAGCAGCAGCUACAACAACAACAACAACAACAACAACAACAGCAGCAGCUGCCGCCAUCUACACCGCCCGUCUUCAAGUCCCCGAACACGGUGUGUCCCAUGGAGGGGAAAGUACCUCUGCUGCUGCCCUCGCCAUCGGGCACGCCCAAUGUGCCAAGGGAUUAUCCCUUCGAGAGCAUGCGACAGGCUCGUGUCCUGCAGGGUAGGGAGACAUCGGUAUCCGUCAGUGGGUUGGGACCGCCGCCGCCUCCGCCAAAUGUGACGCUAAAAGUGUUGAAGAAUCCUCCACAGAAUGGGGAGCUUCAGCCCACAACGCCGCCAGGAACGGGUCCUCCAGGACUGGGACUGGGGCCGGGGUCGGGGCCGGGCAACAAAUCUCAAUUCAUUCAACCACCGCCUCCGCCAUACCCCGGUCUGGGAGCCACAGCAACAACCACUACCAACAACAGCUCUCCCAUAGCCAUAGCUGGUGCGAGUGCAAAGCAGCCUGCAAUCGCAGUCGGAAAUGCAAACGCAUCUGCCUCCAGUCCAUUACCUCCCCAUCCGCAAGCGCAUCCGCACCCGCCGCCUCCAUCGGCAACGUCGACGGGCAGCAACAACAUUGCCAUAUCGUCGCCGCUGCUGGUGAAUCUGCUGCAGAACGACGGCAAUGCCAUGACGAAUCCAAAUCAAAUGAAGUCGCCACUGCAAUCGCCAAUGAUCAAUAUGAGUCCCAGUGGAGCGCAGAUGAUGAACUCACCGAUGCGAUCCUCUGGCCCGGCAACACCCAGCGAUUUUAUGAUGAGCGAUGUCCUCAGUCCUCAGAUACCUUCAUCUCCCACAGCACCGCAACAGUCGGCUACUGUCUCUUGCCCGCCAGUGAUUAUGCGGAGCAUGCAGCAACAGCAGCAACAACAACAGCAGCAGCAACAGCAAGCGAUGCUCAGUCCGAGUGGCAACAACGGCAAUCAUUUGUAUCCGCAGCAGCCUAUUCCCCAACACCGUUUUCCGCAUCAAACGUCGCCACAGGGAAUUGCACAAUUGCACGCAUUGCGGCAGCAACAAUUUCCGCGCCUGCAGCAACAACAACAACAGCAGCAGCUUCAGGGCAUGCAGCCGCAAUUCAUGCAGGCCUCGCCACAGCAACAGCAGCAGCAGUUCCAGACUGCGCCUGAUUGCUUCAACAACAUGGUGAUGAGUCCCAUGCCGCAACAACAACAACAACAACAGCUGAGGCAGCAGCAAAUACGCCCUGGUGGACUACAACUGGCACCUCCGCCGCCACAUCCGCAACAGCAGCAGCAACAGGCGCAUCAGCGUCUCAUGAGCAUGCCUAUGCAACCUCAAGCCUCGCCCCAGGCUCAGGCACAGCAGCAACAGCAGCAGCAGCAGUUCAUGAGUGGCGCCUCGCCCCUUGGCCCAGCGCACUCACCCGCCUCCAGUCACCAUUCGAUGCACAGUCCGCUGAUGGCAAACCAUCAGCCAUCUUCACAAAUGAUGUCGCCGGCGGCUGUGCCCAGGACGACCACUCCUGCACCUGGCCCCGUUCCCGCUUCGGCUCCGAAUGAGCUUAUGCAAAAUGCACAUCAUGUACCUGCAACGCCACCGCCGGACUACAAUCAGGCGGCGGCCAAUUCACGCUGGCCGGCACUCAACAAGCCAAUGGACUCGGUAACGAAGAGCAGUUUCCAGGAGUUUACGCGCUACCAGAUGCAAUACAAUCUCCAGCAGCAGCAGCAGCAGGUUCAUAUGCCAGGACAGCAGCAGCAGCCGUCACAGCAGCAGUCGCAGCAACAACAGCUGCCACCGCCUCCAUUGCCGACGCAACAGCAACAGCAGCUGCAGCUGCAGCAGCAACUGCAGCCGACACAGCAACCAGCCGGGUCACAGGGCACGCAGGGCCCACAGGUGGUGGAUCCAUUGAUAUCGCUUUCAGUGCUGGAUGCCCUAACCACAAACGACUUGGACGCUUUACUGCCCACACUCAACUGUGAUCUUGACUCGACGCUUAGUCUCGAAGAUAAAAAUGAGCUCGAAUCAUUACUGCAAGAUGCCAAGGAUCUGGACUUGGAUUUGAUUGAGGAGAAUCUGUCGGCGGUGAUGGAUGUGGGAGAUGCAUUAAGCACGCUGCAAGAGCAGUCGCCAAUGGAGCAGCAACAGCAGCAGCCGCAACAGCAGCAACAAGCUGUAAUGCAUCCCCAACAACAGCAGCAGCAGCAGCAAAUAAUUGGCAUGCCCUAUCAACAACAGCAGCAGCUACAGCAACAGAUGAUGAUGCAACAACAGCAGAGACAGCAGCAGCAGCAACAGAUGCCUCAGUUGCAGCAACAGCAGCGGCAGCACCAGCAGCAGGUCCAGCGACAAAUGCAAUUGCAACAGCAGCAACAACAGCAGCAGCAGCUACUGAUUGCUCAACGCCAGCAACAACAACAACAACAGCAGCACCAGCAACAGUUGCAAGUCCAACAGCAGCAGCAAAGACCGCCACAGAAGCAGUUCAUUAUCAAUCCACACACUGGCGACAUGGAGCCGAUGGCCAGCGAUGACAGCGAUACAGAGGCUGAGCAGGAAACGGCUCAGUUGCAAUUCCGCAGCAGCAUGUCUAGUGGAUUGACCAACUUCAACUUCAAUCCGGCCAACGCCAUGCUCCUGCCCAACAAUAUCUUCUCCGAGGAGGAUUCCAAUUCCGCCCAGCAAAUGCCGCUGGCGGGCACUGUCAGCAGUGAUCAGGAGCGUUCCCGUGACUCGCUGGCAUCCAACAAGUCGGCCGGCUCGAAUCGGGCCAGAAAGGGACCGGGCCCGGCAGCCCUCAAGGCGAAUCACAGCAAUUUGGGAGGCGAAAGUUCGCCACGAUCCAGCAAUAGUUCUCCAUUGAUCGGAUUGAACUCACCCCAAUCGGUGGCUCCCAGCGGGGCCACGCCGGCGUCCAAUAAGAAGGCUAAGCCGAAUCUAUUGCGGGGCAAGCUGCAGCAGGGAGUCAAGGAGCGCAAGGCUAAGGAUACCACAGCGACGCCGAAACCCAAGAGAGAGCGGGCCAAGGGAAAUGCCAAGACAAAGGCGGCGGAAGAGAAGCUCAAGCUGCGAUUAAAGAUUGACAAAGUGGAGCCGGGCAUGGGCUACGAUGGACAGAUUAUUGUCAAUCAGCAGCAGACAGUUGUAAGCAACAAUCAUAUGCAACAAGCACUGCCAAUGCAGACACAGUUGCUGACGAUGCCAACGCAACAGCAGCAGCAGCAACAUCCGCUGCCGCAACAGCAACAGCAGCAACCCCAGCCUCAGCCUCAGCAACAACAUCAACAGCAGCAGCCACAAACACAUCUGCAGCAACAUCAUCCGGUGUACACCAACUUUCAACAGCAGCAGCAACAACAGCAACAGCAAUCUGUACAAGGUCUCAACGAACCACGUGUGCCUCCCCUGCAGAUUCGUUUGCGUGGAAAGAAUCAUGUUGUAGUUAAGAAUACGCGCAAGGAUCGCAAGAAGUUGCAGACGCCACUGGUAGGAGCCACACCACAGGAUCUGAACCACAUGACCGAUGAGAGACAACUGAAGCGAAGCUACAGCGAUCAGCCGCAACAACAGCAGCAGCAGCACCAACAAUUACUCCUCGAUGGUUUGGGGGAUAACAAGACGGUAAAGCUGACGCCUCCGCCACAUGUUAAUGGGUUGCCCAUUCUCAUACAGAAAACCACACAGUCGACAGCUCCUUUGCAACAGCAACAGCUGCCAACGGGAGGCACCAAGACCACCACUAUUGUGGCGGGAAAGAAUGGUUUGACCAUCAGUGCCAUUGUUGAGGCGCACAAGGCUCAAGCCCAGGCCCAAGCACAGGCUCAAGCUCAGGUGCAUGGCGAUUCCCAGCUAAUUGUAGGUUCCACGAAUACGGGAACAACACCGACAACAUCCACAACGCUGCAGCAGCAGCAGCUGAGCAAGAUAGCCACAUCGCUGCCCAGCAGCAUCACUUUGAGUGCCAUCAAUAGCAGCAACAACAACAAUAAUAUUAAUGCUGGAGGUGGCGGCAUCAACAUCAACAACAAUAACAACAACCGACUGCUGACCAUGAAGAAUCAGAUCAAGACUGCGGCUACCAUCACGCCCAUUGUGGGUGGAAAGCCGAUGACAAAAAACCAUAAGCCGCCGCCAUACAUCACAGCCGUGCAACAGCUGCAGCUGCAGAAGCAACAGCAACAACAACAGCAGCAACAGCAGCAGCAACAACAACAGCAGCAGCAGCAGCGACAACUGGCGGCGGCCGUAACCAUGUUGCCCAGUGCAACGACACUGAAGCGAGUCGAGAGUCGAGUCACCAAGGUCACAGCUCUACAGGUGACGACAACAACAGCAGAGGCGCCGAGCAUAUCAUCCAUACCAUCAUCUGCCACAAGCAAUCUGACGAGCAUGACGACCACAACUACGCAAACGAUGAAUCAGCUGAUCUGUGAUAGAAAGUUGCCAGUGGCAGCUGCGGCAACGGCAACGGGAACAGCAAUGCCUGUGAGUACGGUCAACAAUGUGGUGGUGGCGACUGUCAGUCAACAGCAUCAGGCCCCAGCAGCAGUGAAUAGCAGCGCCCUGUCCACAUCAACCUCAUCCUCAUCCUGCUCAUCGGUAUCCUCUGCGACGAUCAUCAGUAGCUCUUCGACCUCUACCUCAUCGCCGGCUGGCCUGCCCAGCACGCUGCGCAGCUCGCCGGCCAGCAAUGGCAGUGGGACACCCGGACACGGCAACAAUGGCGGUGGCGAGGAUAGCGGCAUCGAGUCUAUGGAUGCCCUGUCCGAGAAGAGUCCACACCAGCUCUCUUCGAGCAGUCCCAUACAAGUCAGCAAGGCAGCCACAGCCACCAUUGUUGCUGCUGCCUCCCAACAGCAGCAGCAGCAGCUGACGAGCAGCAGUUCUAUAACAACCACAGCCACGGCGGUAACUAAUGCUGCCACGAUGGUCGCAACGACACCAACACCAACAGCAGCAGCACCGCGUCCCGGCGGUGUCUCUCUAACACAGCAACAAAUGCAGCAGGCUGACGAUGAAAUUGAGAAGGCAUUGGCCAAAAUGGAGGGCGAUUUUCCCGAUGACCUCGAGAACAUUGUCUCCAAUGUGCUGAAGGAGGCGAGUGAAUGUGCCAGUGCAGGCGGUGGCUAUCAUCUGAGCAGUUUGGAGAACUCCCUGCAGCCGACAGCGGCAGCAGCGUCGUCAGGAGUGCCAGUAGCAACGUCAGUAACAAGCAACGUCAAAUUGAACGGAGAGCACAGUAUACUCGAACACGAUGAUCUCAUCAAGAAGCUCACAGACAGCAAGACGACACCAGCGCCGGCUGCAGCUGAGACCAAGGCGAAGGUGAAGCUGGAGGAGGUGCCGCCACUGUUGGCCAUUAAAAAAGAGCCAGCCGGAGCUCAAACGCCCAAGACGGAAUUGGUGAAAGUGGACCAGCCCAAGAUGGCGGCAGAGGCGAAGCUGGAUUUGAAAGUGGAGCCCAAGCUGGAGCUAAAAGUGGAGCCCAAGCUGGAGCUUAAAGUGGAGCCUAAGCUAGAGGAGAAGGCUCACGCUGAGAUCAAUGCCGCGGGAGGGGCUUCUCUGCAGCCCAUUUCAAUAGAGAUACCAGCACAGAUGGACGGCGAGACGCCGAGGAUAAGGACACGGGCCAGCAGUCGCCUGGAGAGUCCGUUGGAUGCUGCCCAAAAGACCAGUCCCGAGGCGGCAGCAACACCCAUACCAGUGCCUGCCACGGCAAAGAACCUAUCGCGAUCCUCCUCCAAUGCCAGUCCACGCGUCCUCACGCCUACGCCAGUCCACAACAACAACAACAACAACAAUAAUAGCAAGCGCCGCCGGCCGGAGUCGGAGUGUGGCAGCAGCAAUGAUGCCGCCGAUGUUACCGAAAAUAGCAGCAAGCGUGCUCGUGUGAGCCUUGGCGGAGGUGUGCCGGGAGUAGCCACAAAUGCGGCCGAAUUAGCGGUUGAUCAAGCCACCGGAGCUCCAGCACUGCCCAAAAAGAUUGAGAUCGAGUCAUCCGAUUCGGAUGAGCCGCUGAUUGAGGUGGCCGGCAAGGUACGCAACUCCAAGGCGCAAGUGGAGGCCGAUGCAGCAGCAGCAGCAGCGGCAGCCGUAGAGAAGCACGUUACGCGACGCAACGCUCAACAGCAGCAACAACCGCCGCACAAGCCCGCUAGCAACGGCUCAUUUAGUGGCACGCCCCCGCUGGGCGCACCAAGAAGUGGUAAGGCUCAAACGGCAAGUUCCCCUGCCAGCAGCAAUCACAAUGCCAGCGGCAGCAGCAAUUCGAGCAGCCCCAGUGUUCCCAUAUCAGUGGCAGGAGCAGCCGCAGCAGUAGCAACUGCAGCAGCAUCAUCGCCUGGUGGAGCUGUUCUGGCCACCAGCAGCAGCCAAAACAACAGCAACACAAAUGUGGUACAUGCUACACGUGGCGCCACAGCUGCAGCAGCCGGCGGGGGUUCUGCCAGUUCGCCCACGGACGAAAAGAUUGGUACUCGGAGAAGCGUGAGGGCCAGCGCGGCUGCCAACAAGAUCAUAUAUAGUCGCAGCAAUGCUGCCGCAGCUGCUGCUGCAGCCGCCGCUGCAGCCGAACCGAAGGGCACACCGAUAAAGGCGGCCGUGGGGAAUGCCAACAAUGCCAGUGCGGCCACUGUGGAGAGCGUGGCGGAGGCCAGGCGAAAGACACGCAGUGCAGUCAUUGGCGAGUCCAUGCUGACCGAGGGACGCCGGAGAAGAACAUCGCGUGACUACAAGUGACCAGAGUUUUGCGCCUUGGCUAAAGGCUU